CAACGACCGACACUGGUAUUCGAUCCAAAUCAAUCACCCUCGUCUUGCCAUCGCCAUGACCAAUACGGCCGGCGCCAGUGGCAGUGGAUCAGGGGCCAGCUCAUCGCCUUCAUCCGCCUCUUUGGCCCGCAUUGAGCCCUACCUCCUUCUGGCCAAGUCAGCUCGAGGCGCAGCUGCAGCCAGAAUCAUACAUGAAGCUACGGCUGCACCUGGUUGCUACGUCUUUGCUGAGCUGGCUGAUACGCCGGCUGUCAAUGAUCUGUCGGCAGAUACGGCCACACACGGCAAGACGCUCGCCCUCCUUGAGCUCUUCAUGUACGGCACGCUUGCCGACUAUCAAGCCCGACCUGACGCCUACCCACCUCUCAGCCCCGCUCACCUGGCCAAGCUGCGCCAGCUCACCCUUGUCACCUUGGCCAGCCAGUCGAGGAUGCUGAGCUAUCGGCACCUCGUUGACGCCUUGCAGCUCUCCGGCGAUGAGGCAGGCUCGAGCAGCUCCACUCCGAAUGCCACCCUCGCCCCGACAAUGGUUAGGAAGCUGGAAGACGCCAUCAUCGAAGCAAUGUACUCUGGUCUGGUAGCGGGUAAGCUGGACCAGAAGAAGCUUCGCUUCCACGUCGACUCGGUUAUGGGGCGCGAUGUGGCUGGACAGGAGGAAUUGAAGGGAAUGGAGGAGCAAUUGAGGGAGUGGUACGUGGUCCUCUACAACGACUCUACGAUGCUCGUAUUGACCUGACUCGCUGACCUCCUACGUCCCCCACUCCUCUCCUCGGCUCGCUCACAGGGACGAGACCACCUCUACCCUCCUGGACACCCUCUCGCAGCGCAUCGCCCAAGCCAAGAGUCAAGCAGCAGGCGAAGCUCAAGCCAGAGGGGAGCACGACCGCCGACUGGCCGAUGUGUUUCAGGCGUACAUGGCCGAG